AAAAAAAUGUACUGUCGAGCCAAUUAUGUUAAUAACCAAAGUACACACAAGUCUUUUAGUUUAACUCCAGAUGAUCACUUGUAUUUCAAAUACAGUUUAAAGGAAUCUGACUGUUUUGUACCAUUAACAUAUCAAAGCUUUGAACAAGGGUAUUCAUUAACUCGUCGUGUUCAAUUCGCAACUCCCAAUCGUUCCACUUCGAUCAUAGGACCAGAAGUCAUUCGUCAGAUCAAUGCUUUUCUGGACGACACACAUCCAAAUUUGCCGUUGGAGAUCUUGCGAUAUGCGUUGAUGAACUGUCCAAACCUGCAACGGUUUUGGUACAACUCAACUAGUGAAUAUAAUCAUAGCAUAUUGAUCGACGCCAAACCUGAAAUGGGCGGUGACAUUAUAAAACGUUAUCAAAACUUUUCAAAUACCUCACAAGAAAAUAUCAAGUUCAUCAAGACUGCAAAUAUGGUCCCAUCCAAAGAACUAUUGUGCCUCAUAUAUCAAUACCUGCCUGCAAUAGAAAACCUUAAAUGUGUACUGGGCCAAUACAUGGAUCCACCUACAGAAUUGUUUGAAGUGGACCUGACAGCAUUUAACUGUUUAAAGUUAGUUGAACUGGAUGUUCUCUUGUUCUGUGAUAAAGGCCAAGAUACUGCAUUUUUGGAAAUACAAUUUUGGGAUAAAGAUUGGGAAUAUUACUGUCUGCUAGUAAGUACCCAGAGAUUGGCUGUAACUAAAACUACUGUAGAAAAUAUGGAUGAACGGAUUAGUAACAGUGAGCAUGGUAAUAUUCGAAAAGCUGUCAUCAAGUGCCGCAAGCAGGUCAUAUUCAAACUUUCCUCUGACUAUUCAAUGGCGACAGAAAUUCAUAAUGGAAAAAUCAAUAAAUUAGACGACGAACUUUCUAUGGAAUUACGUUACAGUUUCUUAUUUUAACUCGCGCGUUCGUCGAUAAGUAAACGCAGUGUCUUUUUUAAAUAAAAGUAACAACUUGAUAAUAAUGA